CAUGUUUCCACGCAACAUAUCUCAUCCCUCAUCCAAGCAAGAAUACAGACAACUCUCAAAGCUAGUGCUAGAGACAUCCUCAAACAUGCAGAUCAUGAAAGCUAAGUACCUCAUAACAGUUGUGGCCCUUUUGGCUUCGGCUUGCACCCUCACCUCGGCCUAUGACCCUAGUCCUCUGCAGGACUUUUGUGUUGCAGUCAAGGAUCCUGCUUCUGCUUUAUUUGUGAAUGGAAAGUUUUGCAAGGACCCAAAACUUGCUUCAGCCAAUGACUUCUUCUUUUCGGGGCUAAACGUUCCUAGAGAUACCUCAAAUCCUCUCGGGUCGAAUGUCACUGCUGUGAAUGUAGACAAUCUAGCAGGCCUAAACACCCUAGGCAUAUCCUUGGCUCGUGUCGACUUUGCUCCAUAUGGUCUGAAUCCUCCCCACAUCCACCCACGCGGCACUGAAUUUCUCAUAGUCUUAGAGGGUACUCUAUACGUUGGGUUUGUCACGUCCAAUGGAGAUGGUAACCGCCUCUUCACCAAAAUGCUAUACCCAGGAGAUGUCUUUGUAUUCCCAAUAGGUCUCAUUCACUUCCAGUUGAAUGUGGGAAAGACCAACGCAGUUGCCUUUGCUGGUUUGAGCAGCCAGAAUCCAGGGGUCAUCACUAUCGCAAAUGCAGUUUUCGGAUCUGACCCAAAAAUCAAUCCCAAUGUUCUUGCCAAGGCCUUCCAGGUGGACAAGAAUUUGGUCAAGUACCUUCAAAAACAGUUCUGGUCAAACAACAAUUAGAGAAAUAUUUGAAAUGGCCAUAAUGAUCCAUUGCAUGCAUGGUUUGAAGAAAUUAAGAUUUCCUAUUUUUUUCAAUUGUUGUAAUGUCAUAAAAUUAAAAUUAUAUUGAAAUAAGAUGGUAUUUAAUUUAUGCA